AACGUGAGUUUUAUUAUUUUUUUCUUGUCGGACUUCCAAGUAUGUUGGUUUUUGAUGAAGUGUAAACGCCCUGUUACACUGUGUAAACUCGCCUUGUAUGUAUGUAAAGCUUAUAUUAUUGAAAAAUAAAAAACAGAUCAGUAAAUUCAUCGAACCGUUUUUUCUACUGCCAAUGUCUAGGCGUACACCAGAAGUGGGACGUUUGCGUGCUUGCCCAGCUCCUCUUCGUUUUAUUAAUUAACAUGAAAUCCUCCUCAUGCAGCCUCACAGAAAUUCAGCAACGGAUAGACGAAGUCACUCGGUUUCUAUCUAUAACUCUUAAUAUUGCUAAUGCCCACACAGUGGAGUUUUACACUCACGACGUGUGGAAACGGUUCAUGGCCGUAUCACCGGAGGACGUCCUGUCAGCUGUAGGUUCCGGUAAUCACCAGCAGAGGGAGCCACAGCACAGGCAAAGUGAGCAGCCCAGCACCACAUUUGGGUUUUGCAAUGAUACAAAGCGACUGGUUGACACCCAGGAACUUGUGCAGGCAGCUAAAGAGCACUCUCUUCCCAGCCUUGGACUCUGCAUGAGCCGGGAGAAUCUACUGCAGGACCUCAGGGACAUGAAGUCUGAGUCUGGUACUCCAGAGGAGACAGUGGCUGCUUUUGAGUCAGAUGAGUUUAUGACUUCUAAGAAAUCUCAUGAAGUCCAGUCCAUGUCUGAGGUGGUGGCCUGCCUGGCUCAGCACUGUGGGGUUAAUCAGGUGAUAGAUGUAGGCUCAGGGAAGGGCUACUUGAGCUCCUUCCUCUCUCUUCAGUAUGCCCUUCGGGUGUAUGGCAUUGACUCCUCUAGCACCAACACCCACGGUGCUCAGGAGAGGAACAGGAAGCUAAAGAAGUUCUCGAAAGCAUACCAGAAACACACCAAAGCAGCAAGGACGCAAGCAGAGGCCACACAUUCGCCUCAGGAGGAGUUAAUAGAAAGAAAAACUGGGCUGAAUGGAGACGAAGAUGUUUUCUCUGGUAAUGGGCCAAGAAUUCGGUCACAAGAGGAGGAGAGGGUGUUAACAAGCUCAUCAGACAUCAACCCCACAGUGGAAGGACGUUCAGAGCAAAACCUAGAAACAGACGAGCUCUUCCUGAGUGCUUUAUCCGUGGAUGUAAUACAGCCUGCUUCCCCCAGAGUUCCCCCAAGUCAACUCAGUGCUGAGGAGAGAGAGAGGAGGAAGAGAGAGAACCUGGAGAGGAAAGCUCAGAGCAGGGCAGACAGCGCUGGAGCCGUGUUUUCACCUCUCACAUCUUACGUUACUGCAGAAACAGAGCUCCGAGACCUCAUCAAUGAGCUGGAGGAUGCAGUCAUGGUUGGCCUGCACACUUGUGGCAACUUGGCUCCCAGCACGCUGAGGAUGUUUGUGGCUAAACCGGAGCUAGCCGCAGUCUGCAGUGUGGGCUGCUGCUAUCACCUGCUGUCUGAGGAGUUUGACCAUGCCGGACAGAAGUGUUUACAGAGUGUGUGUGGUUUCCCUCUGAGUCAGUACCUCCGUGACCAAUCCUGCUUUUGUGGCAGAAAUGCCAGGAUGUCAGCAUGUUUGGCACUGGAAAGAGUUGCACUUGGCCAAGGGAUUCAGAUGGAAUCUCUGUUCUACCGAGCAGUCCUUCAUGUUAUUCUGAGGGACCACUACAGCUCCUAUAAAAGUGAAAAGCGAGUUGGGAAUGUUUACUCCAAAGCAAAGUCAUUUGUGGACUACGUUCGGCGAGCUCUGCGCAGACUGGAACUGGAUGAAUCAAAGCUCUCUGACAGCGACAUCCAGGAUUAUCACAACACAUACAGAGUGCGAAUGGAUGAGAUGCAUGCUUUUAACAUGCUGAAGGUGACCCUUGCUCCCUGUAUUGAAGGUCUGAUUCUCCUCGAUCGCCUCUGCUAUCUGAAAGAACAGGAGGACGUGUCAUUCUCUGCACUGGUGCAACUGUUUGACCCCCUGUUGUCUCCCAGAUGCUAUGCUGUCAUCGGACUCAAGAAUGAUGGGAAAAGAACUACAAGCUGAGAAACUCGAACAUAUGCACAUAAUACAAUGAUUCAAGGUUCAUGUUUAUACAUGAACGAAGCAGCAAUCACGCUUUGAAAGUGAUUGUAUUAUGUAUGCAUUCCCAACUGUUUGUUUUAAUUGCAACAUUUCAUCUAGUUUGAAUCUUUUUUUUAAUGUUAUCUCGAUUUGUGGAACACAUGGUGUUACUUUUAAAUGGAAAAGUAUCUGAAAUAUUUCUACUUCUCUGGUCUUGGCCUUGGGUUCUUCUCAGAGAUCAAACCCGUGCUCGAAACACCUGGAAAAACUGCCUUUUCUCUUUGAUAGCAUACUAUGUAUUGCAUCCUUUUAACAUGUUUUUAAAGACAGUUUAGGGGGUUUGAAGCAUUAUGGGAUUUAAAGUAACCAGGAUCCCCUCAGCAGGUCUGGAAACUCAAUUUCUAGAAUCCCAAACCAGAGGAAGUAGAGGAAAAGACAGGGCAUGUGGUGCCCUUGUCUCCAAUCUUAAUAUUUACUUUUUUUUAAAUUUACCUCUGCCUCAGUUAUUUAAUAAAUCAUAUUCUUUGUACAUGUUUGAAAAUUAAUGUAUGUGGGUUUUGUUUUUGUUUUUUUGUUUUUUUAGCAUAUAGCUCUUCCUCUGACCUUUCCCUGUAAAACCCGUAAGAGGUUCGUGUGUGCAAAUUGCAGUAAAUCAGCAGUUUCUGAAAUAUUGUCACCAGCCUGUCUGACACCAGCAACCAUACCACAUUCAAAAUCACUUAAAUCACAUUUCUUUCUCAUUCUGAUGCUCAGGUUGAACUUCAGCAGGUCAUAAAGACCAUGUGUAUUUUUUUAGCUGCUACAGUGUGAUUGGCUGAUUAGAUAUUUGCAUUAACAGGCAGUUGAUCAGGUGUUCCUAACAAAAUGACCAGUGAGCAUAUAGUUAAUAUGGUUACUGUAGGAAUAAAACAUUACAUUUAUGGGAAACUGUUCAGCUACCAGGUUAAUGGAUGACAGCUUCCUACUAUAUGAAUAUAAUAUUUAACUGGUUAAAAUGUUAAACCCUCUGUCAAGUGCAAAACUUGACCGAAAUUUAACAAACUCAAAAUAACCGCUUUUGUAGUGUUAGUUUAUCUAACAAGGCUGCAGUUGAAUAAAUAAAACAUAAAAGUGUUUGGAAACAAUAUUUUCUUCCUAAAUAAUGAGAAUUAGUUCUGUCAAGUUGUAUUCAGCUUUGUGCAAAACCCCACCACUGAGCCAGUAAUGAGUAUGUCAGCUGUGUGUGUGAACAUUUUCAUUAAAGCUAGGUAGUAAAUUAUGGAGCCUGAACAAACGUAGCCUGCAAGUAAGGAAAUAGGCCAUAGGACACUUUCCCACUGUGCAGCACUGGUGCAAAGCAUUUCUUGUUUUCUCCCACUGCAUCUAUUUGUCACUGUAGCCACAGCAGCCUGCACAUCUGUUGGCAAUUCAUAGGUCUGUCAACGUUGCCGUGGUGAAGCUGUGUCCUCGAGUGUUAUUUUUAUCUCUGUAAAGACACAUGGCGAGGCUCUCUCUGCUGUGUCUGGACCGUGUUUGGAUCCGGCACCGUGCUUCACACUGACAGCCUGCUGUAGUGGCCAAACUGGACUGACACGAAUACAAACAAUUCAAGAUGUGUACAAAGCUUGUUUAGGAUAUAAAUAUUGUCGGGUUUUGUUGCGGCGUGUGAGUCAUGUCCUCUUGACCUUUCCCAUCUUUGACUUCUAGCACGCAUGUUUACGCAAAUUCAAAAAUCUCCUUUUCAUGUGCCCACAAGGAAAAAAAAAUGGCACGAUGAAAGGCCUGCAUCCGACACAGGCACGUGAAAGAAACCAGUUGAAAGGUAUAGUCGGCGCAGUGUAGGCAAACUGCAAUUUCCUGAUUUGCAGUUGACAGAUGACAGGGAAAGAAAUGUUUCAGGGUGCGAUGACGGCUUCAGACAGAAAUUGUCUCCAAGGAAAAUCAUUCAAAGCGUUCCCACCUCAGACUUCUCACUGUAAGGUAGGAAUGAGAGGAAGCAGAGAGGAAGCGAGGGGAGUGUGUCAACACAUUUGCUUUCAGCUGCGAUCACUGUUUCUCACGGUGGUGUUUGGAUACAAUACAAGCUCCUGCCACCCUCCCUGAUUUAAACUAAAGAAAAAAUCUCAAGGGUCCACUAACGUAAUAAGCACUACUCUGUCCAGUAAUAUCUCUAUUACACAGCAGGUCCGUGUGAAUGAAUGUAGACUGGAAGAAUGCUCUUUCAUCCGAGAGGGAAAACAAAGUCUUAGUCAAUGAAUCCAAAAUAAUUAAAGGAUACAAUGUCAAAGGGAAGUGCCGAACUUUAUCAGAGAUAGCAUGACUACUUCAAGUAGUCAUUUCUAAAAUACCAGAUUGCAAAUUAAGAUUAGGUCUCUGCUGUUAUUUUAAUAUGUUCCAUCUAAAGAAUCGGCUGUUGUGGUGCUCUCUUUUACCUAAACAGAAACAGGGGACUUUUGGGAGAUUGCGUGCCAGUCACAAACCACCUUGUCGCCGCAUAUGACGGCAGGCUUGUGGAAAUAAAGAGAUUCAGCUGGACGUUGCGCUGGAAACACACGGCUUGUUUUUUAUUGUUAUCACCUCCGGCCUCUGCAGAUACAUUCUCUGAAGACGCACGUGGACCAAAACGCAUUCACCUGUCAGAGAUUUAUCUGUGGAAGUGUAAACAGGGAUGUCAAACUAUGUAAAUGUUUGACUCGCCGCUCCAAAUAGCGUCGCCGUGAAGAACCACUUAAGAGAGAAUGGACAAAUGAUGUUUUCAGUGUGAAACACAGUCAUCACAUCCUUUGAAAAACAGUUCUUGUCAUUCUGAUUCAUAUUUUCCAUUCAUCUUGCCCGCUCCCUUGGAAUGGUAUCCAGAUUAAUAGCAAAUUAGACUGAUUUAAAACAUCUGCUAAGUCAUGAAAAAAUAGAGAAAAAAAAGAAACGCUGUUACGUGUGGUCAGCAGAAAGUCCAAAGUCAGUGUUACACAACAGUUUGUCUUAUAUAUAUUAUUAAAGGGCAGUAAUGUUCUUUUACAGCGACAUCCACUUCAUUAGGUUCACCAGUUCAACUGCUUGUUGCAAGUAAAUAAAUAAUCAGACAAUCACAUGGUAGUAACUCAGUGCAUUAAAUGUGACAUUAUCAAAACCAUCAAAACAUUAUCUACUGGGAUUUUCCCACACAAUCAUCUCUGGAGUUGACGAAGAAUACUAAAAAAAAAGAGAAAUAUCCAGUGAAAAGCAGUUCUCUGGGUGGACAUAUCUUGUUGAUGUCAGAGGAAAAUGGCCAGACUAACUCUAAUAAUUACUCGUUACAACUAAGGUAUGCAGAAGAACUGCUCUGAACUCAUAGCACAUCAAACUUUGCAGCAGAUGGGCCACAGGAGCAGAAGACCACACCAGAAACGAGUCCUGUCAGCUAAGAACCUGAAAGUGAGGCAGAAGUUUAACAGAAACAUCGUCUGCUCUGACAUUUGGAUGCUAAGGUCCGAAUAUGGCAUAAACAACAUGAAAAUCGUGGAUCAUGGACCAUGUCGCAAAGCUCAAACCAGCACAAACUAAUAUACUGAACAUAGCAGUGCACUAAAACA